AUGAAUAAAUUAAUUUUAUCUAUUCUUUCUGUUUUAUUAAUUGUUUCAAUUGCUUCAGCUGGAAAUGGUAUUGAUAUUUCAUCAGGAACCAAUCCAUCAUCAAGUGAUCUUGCAUGUUUAGCUAAACAAAACUCAAAAAUUAUUGUCCAAACUUGGUCAGGUGGUUAUGGUUUUAAUUCAAACGUACCAUCAAUUGUUCAAGCAGCCAAAUCAGCUGGAUUAAGUGUUGAUUUAUAUGCAUUUUUAUGUUCACAAUGUAGUGGUAUUACAGACCCAGCAGAAGCAAUUAAAACAUUGGUUUCAAAAUUAAAUGGAGUCAAAUAUGGUACUUUAUGGAUUGACGUUGAACAAUGUAAUGGUUGUUGGAGUAGUACAUUAUCAAGCAAUGCUCAAUAUGUUCAAACAGCAGUACAAACCGCCUCACAAUUGGGUGUAAAUGUUGGUGUAUAUUCAAGCGAAGGUGAAUGGCCACAAACAGUUGGUUCAUUAACCUCUUUAUCAUCAUUCCCAUUAUGGUAUGCUCAUUAUGAUAAUAAUCCAAGUUUUAGUGAUCAAGGUUAUAAUUUUGGUGGUUGGUCUAAAGCUGUCAUGAAACAAUAUCAAGGUACAACUACCCAAUGUGGUGUUAGUGUUGAUUUGAAUUGGUUCCCAGGUAGUGGUUCAUCAACAACUUCAUCAUCAGCAACCUCAUCAUCAACAACUGGAAGACCAUUAACAAGUUCAUCAGGUGCAGGUACUGGUGGUCAUUCAAGUUCAUCAGGUGCAGGAACUGGUGGUCACUCAUCAACAACUGGUGGUCAAACCUCUGGUCAAACCUCUGGUCAAACCUCUGGUUCAAGUAAUCAACCACUUUCAUCUGGUAGUUCCCAAGAUUCUUCAAAUAGUGGAUCAAGUAACCAACCACUUUCAUCUGGUAGUUCACAAGAUUCUUCAAAUAGUGGAUCAAGUAAUCAACCACUUUCAUCUGGUAGUUCACAAACAUCUGGUCAAACAUCAGGUUCAAGUAAUCAACCACUUUCAUCUGGUAGUUCACAAGAUUCUGGAAGUAAUAGUGGAAGUCAAGGAACAACUGGUUCACAAAGUGGUUCAAGUAGUAGUAAUCCAUUAACCUCUGGAUCACAAAGUGGUUCAAGUGGUAGCCAAUCAACAUCUUCUGGAUCACAAAGUGGUUCAAGUGGUGCAACUGGAACAUCUUCAACUGCUUCAUCAACAAGCGCAACUGGAUCAUCUUCAACUGGUUCUUCAACUGGUUCAUCAAGUGGUUCAAACGAUAGUGGUUCAAAUGACAGUGGCUCAUCAAGCGGUUCAAACAACAGUGGUUCAUCAAGCGGUUCAAACAACAGUGGUUCAUCAAGCGGUUCAGCCUCAAGUUCAGGUUCAUCAGGUUCAUCAGGAAGUGGCAAUUACACUUCUGGUUCAGGAAAUGGCGCUUUUUUAUUCUAA